AUGUAUUUCUGGACGAAAAGGCAUAUUAGUUUGACCAUUGAGGAACGGGAGGCUAUCGAGCAUGCUUUUCGUGAACAGUUGUUACGUGUAAUUUGUGCCACAUCAACUCUAAGCUCAGGAGUUAACUUACCAGCUCAUCGAGUAAUUAUCAAAGCUCAAACAUGCGGGCCCGUUGCACUAAAUGGUUUGACAUAUAGGCAAAUGGUUGGUAGAGCUGGACGUUUAGGACAAGCAACAAAAGGUAUCUAUAACAAAUGA